AUGGGGAAGCCGAAUUGUGAUGACAGUGAAAUUUUUGAUCGUAUAUCUUCACCAUCAAUAAUAUUAUCACAACCAAUCGAUUUAGAUAUGAAUUGGCAAGCAAAAUUAAGUCAAUCAGAUCCAAGUAUUCAAUCACGUCAAAAUCAAUAUAUUAAUCGAUUAUCGACAAAUGGUUAUAAUUCACCAUCAUAUAAAGUUUCAAUUGGACAUGAAACAGUAAAUAUAACAGAAAUUGCACGUCAUAAUGAACCAUCAACUAAUCCAACAACAAUGAUACCAUUGAAUGAAAAACAUCAUGUUAUUGUAGCACGAAAAGGUGCUGAUAUUCUUAGUUUAUGUUUUAUGAGUUUUGUUUCUGCUAUUCUGAUACUUAUUGCUAUAUCAACAAUGCAUUUAUUAUUUAAAACAAAUAAUAUAAAUACUAGUGAUAUAAUUCCAUUUUUACUUCAAUCAACAAAUAUAACAUCAAAUUUUUUAUAUAUGUUUGGAACAUCAAAUCUAUCAAAAGAUAAUGUAUCAAAUCUUUUUAAUUCAAUAUAUGAUCGUACAAUACGUGAUUUAGCUAUUGUUGUAUGUUUAUUAAUUAUUGUACUUAAUUGUUUUUGUUUAUUAAUAUUCAGUAUUGAAAUUUAUCUUGGUUCUAAUAUGAUAAAUAUUAAAAAUACUUCAUGUUGUUGUCUUUUUAGUUCUUCAACAUCACAUUUUAUUGCUAUAUGUAGUUUUUAUGCAUCAAUUCCAGCAUUAAUACUUGUAAUGUGUUUAUUUAUUUUAUUAAAUAUGUCAUUGAUACCAGCAAUUAUUUCAUUAAUAAUACUUGGUUUAGGUUUAAUUUUUAUUCUUCUUGCUUUAUUAACAUAUUUUUCAACAUGGCAAAAUAAUCAUUUUUCAAUUAAAAAUGAAAAAUUAUCUAAUAUUAAUUCAUCUUUAUAUCGUACUAUUGGUAUGACACAAUUAAAUCAAGAUGAUAUUAAAUUAGCUAAAGCUGAUGAAAUAUCAACACUUGUAUAA